AUGGCAGUUACGAAUUUAUUAGAUCAAUCAGAAAGACAUUCUGAAUCAAGUAUUCAUGAAAUUUCAAAGACUAAAAUAGGAUUUAUAGUAAUACUAUUUUUAUUAUCAUUAACAUCAUUUGUAUUACAAACAGAAUUCACAUCACAAGCAUAUAAAUUGAAAUUUAGUGAGCCAAUAUUAUUAUUAACUGUAACUCAUGGAUCAUGGUGGAUACUAUGGCCAUUACAAAUUAUAUCAAUAAGUUUAUGGAGAACUAUCAAUAAAAAAAUAAGAGAUGACAAAAUUGUAAAAAAAAUUGGAGGUAGUGGUAUUGAUGUUGGAUCUGGUCAAUAUCAGCGAUUGAAUUCAACUUCUGAUUUACUACUGGAUCAAGAGAAUCAUCAACAACAAGGUCAAGAAGUUCCUGUACAAAAAAUUAGCAUGUAUUUAUAUUUCAAAAAGGCUAUUAUCAAACAAUUUCACAAUGUAUACCACACAGCGAUAUUAAUAUAUGAAUCGAAUGUAAACCAUGAUAGAACAACGAAACACUUAAACCAACUAAUAGAUUCAAAUGUACAUAUAUCAAACUCAACUUCAAUAAUAGAUGUUUUGAAUAGCUUUUUCAAAACUCCAGCAAUCAAAUAUAUUUGUUUCAAAACUUUUUUAAUAACUUGUGUUUUAACAAUUGCGGGAUUCACUUGGUAUGGAGCUAUGUCAAUGACUUAUGCAGCUGACGUUACAGCUAUUUAUAAUUGUUCAGCUUUCACUGCUUAUGCAUUUGCUAUACCGUUGUUGAAUGAAAAGUUUUCAUGGUUGAAAGUUAAUUCAGUUAUAAUUGCAAUUAUCGGAGUGUUUAUAGUAUCUUACUCAUCCAGCUCAGAUAUUGGAGAAGGAAAAGAUCAAAAUACUGAAAAUCCUUACCCUUAUAGAUUUUGGGGUAACAUCAUAAUCUUUAUUGGUGCAAUAUUAUAUGGAUAUUAUGAAGUAUUGUACAAGAAAUAUUUAUGUAUACCUGCUCAUUUAUCUAAAAUAAUAACACCUAGAAGACAACUGACAUUUGCAAAUUUUGUAAUGGGGAUAAUAGGUGCAUUCACAUUGAUUAUAUUAGUCACUUUAAUAAUAUUUUUACAAGUCUUCCAUAUUCAUAAGUUCAACUUUUUUGACUAUGGAGAUAAUACCAAAACUAUCUGGUUAUACAUUUCUGGUUCUAUAGUAAGCAAUUUAUUAUUCAGUGCAUCUUUCUUAUCACUUAUGGCAUUAACUUCACCUGUAUUAUCAUCUGUCAGUUCAUUAUUAACCAUAUUUGUGAUUGGAAUAGUUGAGUGGGUCGUAUUUGGUAACGCUUUGGAUUUACAACAAUUAAUUGGUGAUUUUUUUGUGAUUAUAGGAUUUGUAUUAUUGACUAUUGCUUCAUGGAAAGAAAUAAGUGAAGGUAACGAAGAUGAUGAUGUUGAGGCUGUGAGUACUUAUUCGUAUGCUAUGAGUACGGAUGGAAAUACUAAUCAUUAA